GUGUGUGUAAGAGCCCGGCUCGGGUGUCAGAGCGUUCAACGGUAUGCUGAUGGUUUCGAUGGUACCGUGAUGCUAUCCAACAGAAUGUGAAACUGAGUCACAAAACUGACAUUUAGUGAUGCUACUACACCUUUGAAAGCAAAUAUCUCCUCCGUCGUCAAGGCGAAGAUGCUGAAGACGGAGGCUUCGGCAGAGAGGACCACCCUGAGGAGUGCCUCUCCACACAGGAAUGCCUACAGAGCAGAGUUUCAGGCUCUCAAGAAGGCCUUCGACCAGCCGAGACAGGAUGGUGACACCAAGAGCAAAGAUCCCGAGCGGAUCCGGCAGCCCCGGGGUCGGCAGUAUGGCGCACACGUCAGCCGAAUCAAGGACAUGUUCAUGCAGAUGGGCACAGAGAACACGGGUUCUGGGAAACCUCGAGGUAGAGAUGAGAUGUCUCCACAAAAACUUACCAAGCCGACCAAUUUCAUUAACCGGGUAGAUGGCUCAGUGAUCAAACUUCAGCAAGGAGACAGAACCGGCAACUCGAAGUUCUCCGAGACAAGGAAGCUCUUUGAGCAGAGCUCCAGAGAUACAUCCCAGUCUCCUGUGUACUCAUACGGCAGAGACAAGAGGGGUUCUCAUGAGCAUUUGGAUGAUUGGAGAGGAGCACGUUCUAACAGGGGCAGCACAGACUCCUUGGACAGUCUUUGCUCAAGAACAGAGGCGUCUUCGCCGACAGUAAGCCAGCUUAGCGCUGUGUUUGAGAAUUUAGACCACCAUGGCUCGGGCUCCACUUUCCGCAGAGGUCAUGGAGGCGGACGCGCUCUUUAUUCACCAGAUGGCUCACUAAGACAAGGGGACGCCAGUGAGGAUGAUGCCAGCCUUCGUCAGUCUCCAUCACAAGGUGUGUGCAGGACACGUGUUGGGAGCAAGCACACUCUUCCAGUUUCAUCCUCCUCCGAAGAUCUUCUCAGUCCCAGUCCUUUGUCUGAGCAGGCGAAGGAUGUUGAGGAGAGUAAGGUCAAGGAGCGGACUGUGGCAGAACAUUUGGAUGUAGGAACCAAUGAUGCUGUAGAUGAAUCUAGUGAGCACAAGCAGGAUGAAGAUGCUGCUGGAGUUUGCACAAACUCUGCUCAAGUCAAUGACACUGUAGUGUAUGACAAACCGCAAAAGGAUACAUCUGGCUCUGUAAACAUCAAGGUUCAAAAGGAUAUAGAGGAGCCUGAAGAUGACUCCACCCGGAUAGCAGCUCAUCACAUGGAGGAGCAGAAUGAGGAAUACUGUGGCAAUGAGAGGGUUAUUUACAAUGCUGAUGGAGAUGCCUGCUACCAGGGCUGGGGAGAGAGCUGCACUGACAUGGAGGAUGAUUUAUAUGGGGAUGAUGAUGUUUGCUAUGAUCCUGGAUCAGAGAUCACUGAGAUUCCUGGCCUUCCUGAGGAAGAGAAGGAAGAUAUUCCUCCAAAGCGGAAAAUACGAUUCAGCACUGCCUCAAUAACGGUUUUUAAUACCUACUCAAACGAGGAUUACGAUCGCAGGAAUGAGGAGGUGGAUCCAGUGGCGUCCUCAGCAGAGUAUGAACUGGAGAAGAGAGUGGAAAAACUGGAACUUUUCCCAGUGGAGCUAGAAAAGGAUGACGAUGGUCUGGGGAUCAGCAUUAUUGGCAUGGGAGUAGGUGCAGAUGCAGGCUUGGAAAAGCUGGGCAUCUUUGUCAAGACUGUUAUUGAAGGUGGAGCGGCAGAGAGAGAUGGAAGGAUUAAGGUGAAUGACCAGAUUGUGGAAGUUGAUGGCACCAGUCUGGUGGGUGUGACUCAGAGCUUCGCUGCCUCUGUGUUGAGAAACACCCAAGGAGUGGUCAGGUUUGUGAUUGGCCGGGAGCGUCCAGGGCAGGAAAGUGAGGUAGCUCAGCUGAUCAGUCAGACUCUGGAGCAAGAGAGGCGUCAGAGAGAGAUGAUGGAGCAGCAGUAUGCACAGUAUGAUGCUGAUGAUGAUGAGACAGGAGAGUACGCCACAGAUGAGGACGAGAACGUGGGACCUGGCAGGACGGACAAAGACGUAACCAUUGAGGUUUUUGACUUGCCUGAAAACGAAGACCUCAUCUCACCAUCGGAGCUGGAUGCCACCAAACUCUACCAGAAAUUCCGAGAGCUACAGAUCAAGCACAGUGUUACUGAGGCUGAGAUACAGAAACUCAAGAGCAAGCUGGCGGCAGUGGAGAAAGAGAAGGCCCGCUGGGAGCGAGAGAGAAGCCAACUGAAGCAGAGCAUUGAGGAUAAUAAGGAAAGGAUGUUGAAGCUGGAAAGCUACUGGAUCGAGGCUCAGACUCUCUGCCACACUGUGAACGAGCACUUAAAGGAGGCUCAGAAUCAGUACCAAGCCCUGGAGAAGAAAUACAACAAGGCCAAGAAACUGAUCAAGGAUUUCCAGCAGAAGGAGGUGGAGUUUGCCCAGAGGGAAGAGGCAGAGAAGAAGAGACUUGAGGAUGUGGAAAAGGCUCAUUUAGAUGAGAUCCAUGGGCUGCAAGUGAGGAUUGCAGCGCUGGAGUCAGAGCUGAUGCAGCUGAUGAAACAAAACAGCAUUCAGGUCAACAACAACAACAACAACAGUGUCAACAGUCACACACAGCUGAGUGAGAGAACUGGUGCGCCGCAGUGUCCUGAGAGACGCCUCACUGUAGGAGUGUCGGACGAGUGUGUAGGCAGUGACCUGGUGAAGGGUCAGACGCAGAUAUCUGGAGCCUCCAGAAGUGUACAAGACAGCGGCAGCUCUACCGAGGGCGAGGACGACCUCCAGCGGAGGAGUUCUCACAUUCUCUCCGCUGAUGUACCUGAGUCCAUGGCCCCCAGGGUGCCUGAGAGUGCGGGUCCUCCAGUGGUGUCAAGCCAAGAUGAAAAAUGCAGCAAGAAGCUUGUGGACGUGGGCUCCACAGACCCUUCGAUAGAGAAACCUAAAACAGAGAAACACUCAAGGAAGCAGAAAUCUUUUUCAUGGCCACACUUCUUCUCCUAUUCAUAUAACUUGGCUUCUACAGUAAAGGAUGACGUCAGUGUGAGCACCUCCAACUCAGGAGAGAUCUGUGGUGUGGUCACCGAGCCCAAGCUGACUGGCCGCUCACACACAUUAGUGCUCUCUUCAGAUGAGAGUCUGGAUAUGAGUGAUGAUGAGAUCCAGGAUGAAGGGCAGCCAUUGAAGCAGUACCAGUGGCAGAACCGCAGUGUGCCGGACUGGUCGUGUCAGCAGGUGUGUCUCUGGCUAAUGGGCCUGAACCUGGAGCAGUAUAUCCCUCAGUUCACUGCCAAGAAUGUUAAUGGAGAGCAGCUCCUGCAACUUGACAGUGACGCACUCAAAGAUCUAGGUGUAGCCUCUUCUCAGGACCGGGCUGUGUUUAAGAGGAAGCUGAAAGAUCUGAAGGUGCUGAUGGAGAAGGCCCACAGGAACAAAGAGAAGCUGCAGAAGCAGGUGGAAGAACAACACAAGAAAGAACUGGUGCAUCUGCAGAAAGAGUGCCGCAAGACCUCUGAGCCGGGAAAGGGUACUGCAGAGUGACGGCGUUCAGUCAUGAAAAUAAUAACGUAAAGAGAGAUGAGUCUAGUAUUUUAUGGUACUCUAGUCUGGGCUCCAUUUAGUGGACAUCAGAAUCUCCCUGGAAGAGGCACUGCUACUGGACUGCCACUAGAGAAAAUAAACCAAACCAUCCUGAAUAACUGAUCCUUUUAACUGUAAUUUUAAUUGGGGUUUUUUCCAACCGUUUUAGAAUGCUUGUUCAUCUGAGAGGUGUCUAUUUAUUUGCAUUUUAGCUUGAAAUGAAUUAACAGCAGUUCGGAGAGUUCAAGCACCUUUAAGCAUUAUAUAUAUAUAUAUAUAUAUAUGUGUGUGUGUGUGCCAUUUUCUAUUGAGACCAAGAUGUGCGGUUUACUCUGUGUGAAAAAUCUCUUGGCUUAAAGCACAGGUGACAUGUCGUGCUGUCCGAAAGCUCGAGUGCUGCUCACUGGAAACGCGGAAAUCUUACUGUGAGAAGAAAGCCAUUCCAAGUGUUGAAAUAUCACAGACCUCACACUAAAUCCAUCUGACCUUCUGGAUAUUAUAUACCUGUAGCUGUAUUAACACUUCAGUCUGCUGAUUAGUGUCCUGUAUCCCUCAGCGACAUAAAUAAGAAAGUCUGCUGUUCAGCGCUUAGUACCAGGAAAGAAACUACAAGGAAUAUUCAAGGAGAGGCCUGAACAUACUGUACAGCCACACUGCAAGAUACUGAAAAUGCACUCCAAAGAUGACCGAAUGGAUCGCUGAGUCGUCCUGCUGCUUCUUCUUCCUCACCGCUACCUGCUUUUAGUCGUCAUUUGACUGAACUAGAUCCUCAGUUAGACUCAAGCGCUGCCUUCUAAAUUUCCGCUGUAUAGAUUUUGUAUAGCAUAGCCGCUCUGAGUGUGUGAAACCUCCCCCCGAUUCUGGUAGUCUAACAUCUAAAUGGUGUUGAGUAGCUGACAAACCUGAACUUAAAGCAGACCUAUUCAAAUUUAUUAUUUAACACUUAUUAUAUAAAUGUUGUUUUAUUUUCUGGUCAGUAUAAUGAGAUUUGUUUUCUUCAUCAGACUGCUGUGAACAUGCUUGUCAGUCUUAGCUUAGCACCAGAUCACAGAAAAAAAAGUGUUCCAAAAUGCUUUUAAUUCAGUAUAUGUAAUACUAGCAAGUAUCGAUCCUAAUCCAUGAUUCUAUUGUGUUUUUUUUUAAAUGUACAGUCAAUACAUGAGAUAUUUCUAUCAGAUUACCAAUUGCUUAUUUAAUAUUGAGCUGUAGUUUAGUAACUCAUCAUUUGCUUUGUUCUUUUUACUGAUACAGUUACAGAGUUUUGUGUUAAUAUUUCUACAUUUUCAUGGUUUCCCUCAUCAAGUGAAUGUCUCCUUUUCUGUGAACACUGUUGUUUUGUUCUGCUGUAAUAAUUUCCAUGUUUACAUUUGAAAUCAUGAUUAUUUCAAUAGAAACACAAGUGCAGCACUCCAGAGUGCCAGGCAGUGCUGGAUCAAUGUGUGACUUCUCACAAGAUAUGUUGGUAUUUGCUCCACAUACGCUUGUAUGUACUGUCAUUUAGCUACAGUGUGUUAGGAACCGUUUUCUUAUAAGGAGUUUUGUUUGAAUUAUUUAUUUUUCAAAUCUAAAAAAAAAAAUAUCAACUGAUGUAAUUUAUCAACAAAAUACUAUAUAAUGAUAUUUAUGCCAAAAAUUGUUAAAAAGUGUUUGGUCUAUCCCAGUGGUCAAUUAGGUUCUCUAUGUUUUUAUCAUUUCUUUUGAUCCACCAUAAAUGUAUCAAAAUCAAACUGCUGCUUUCAGAUUUCUCUGUCAGUCAGCAACAUGCCAUGACUUAUAUAUAUAUAUAUAUGACAGUUAAAAGCAAUAUGUGAACUGAAGCUUUUAAGAGAUGUUGUCUCUUUGCUAUGGGUUACCUAUAUGAAUGUGUGUAUGCACAGGAUAAUCAUGGGUGAUGCUGGUGGUCAUGAUGCAUAAUCAUUAUUAGGCUUGAGUACAGAACAGACACAUUGCUGAAACUGUGUGCACUUUCUUGUUCUGCAGUUCAGUUUCUAAUCGAGUGCUCCAUCACUCUUCAGACGCACAAACAAGGCAGCUGUUCAUCAGUUUGUAUAAACGGUUUCUGUCCAGUGUAUUCACUUCUGUGCUUUCUGCAAAGUUUCCUGUUUUCCCAGAUAGGCAAGGUGUUAGCUCCUUCCAGUUCAAAGAUAAUGCAAAGCACCGAAAGUACAGAGCUGCUCCUGGAAUAAAAACAUGUCAUAAGAAGAUCUUUUCCACUCUGUUUUGUUAACUCAUAGCUGCAUGAAGGACCCCUAGGUGCCAUGUCUCCCUUAGUUCCAGGACAGUCAUAUUUACCAUGUUUUUAUUUGUCAGAGGUUACGGUUGUCACUCAUGUUGACUUGUAAAUAUGCCUCCAAAUGACACAACCAUUCACAGAAAUACAAUGAAGGUUAAUUCCAAAA